UGUGUGCGGACAGGAGCGUGUCUAGACGAGACCCCCGAAGAGAGCGGCGUGAGGAGGAGGAGGAGGUGGCGGCAGCGGGGGGGAAGGCGAAGGGGGCCAGAACCAGCCCGAAAGCUCAGGAAGCUCUGUGGACCGGACCUGCCUGACCUUAAGACUUUUUGUGUGAUUGUUUUGGAGGGGGCUGCUUCAGAACUGUGACGCAGGAUUAAAUGAUCACGUCAACCAGAAGAGUGUCUCCUGAUGCACCCGAAGUUCGGAUCUCCUUCAGCCUCGACCACGCCUCAGACACACGAGAUGCCGAGGACCACGUUCAGACCUUCCCGGAUCUUGAAAAACGACUUCAGCCAGUGUCGCCGUGUGUAUCUCUGAAGGAGAGCGUGCAUGUGUACAAGGAACACUGCAGGAUGGCGAGGGAGUUCCACCAAGUCAAGCAUGACAUCGCCGCCCUGGAGGAACGCAAGUGUCAGCUGCUGGCCGAGCUGGUGGAAGACCAGAAGGUGGCGGCGGAGAUUUCCCGCCUAGAGGACGAGUUCCGGCGUCUGUCAGAGGAAAACCGCACGCUAGUGACGGCACACGGAGAGCGGUCGCGGCAACUGCAACGGCUACGCAGGCCCGACUCGUCCUGACCGCACGCUCGCCUAAAAACUGGUCUUCUUCUUUGUUUUAUUUAAUUUUUAUACGAGCCAUACACACAAAUGCAAUGUCGUUGUUGGGUUGGUGCUCCGACGUCGGCAACCAUCUUUGUAGAAUCAAAGAUUAGCAUUUAAGAGUGUUAGCCGCUACGUUGGUGUUUUCAUAGGUGCUGCAUGGAGACAGCCUAAAUGCUGUGAUGUGGUCCAAGGCGGAGUCAAACUUCUGUACCCGACCUCGACUAUAUACAGUAUGAGUAUGGUGUGUGUGAGAAAACUGGGAUUUCUGAACGUCUACGCCGCUCGAAGUCUGACUUCAUCUUCUGUGUUUAUUAGGUUUAUGCUUAAAUUUAUGGGCUUCGUGUUGGGUUUAGAAUCUUGUAAUUUAGUGUCCAAAACACAAACUAUAAAAUGGGGAUGUGCAAAUUCGAGGCUGAAAUAUGCCACUUUUUAUGCAGACUCAGCUGGUUUCUGUUUUUUGGGUGACUUCAUUGGGUUGGUGGAACAGAGUCAUGUGACGGUGCUCGCGGUGGAGUACAUCAAUCCCAAAAGUUACUUAAGUAAAUGUACCAAGCCCUUAUUUGCAAGCCCUUGUCACGGCGAGAAGGAAAUGAGGCGAGGUUGCGAUUAUUUGUCAGAUGAAGGGAAUGUAAGCACCGAUGUGUAGGAGCUGAAAUACAACAAUCUUUCAAUAAAGCCAAACUGGACUCCA